GUAGAUUUUCAAAGUAAAAUGUUUAAAAACCAACAUUUCAUUAAAUAUGAAAUUAAAUCAAUAAAUGAAAAAUUGGACAUUUUGUUACAAAAUUUUGAAAGGUUAGAAAAUUUGAAGGUACUUGCCACUUCAGAAAAUAGCUCCACAACUGAUUAUUCAGCUAUGGAUUGUAUCUUCCCUAUUGAAUUGGAGACUGAUUUAGAAAGUAUAAAUGAGCAUAUUUUAUCAGAUUCUACUUACCAAAAAAAAACUGUAAUGACUAAACUAUUCAGUGAUAAAGUAUUGCAGCAUUACUCAUAUGUUGGUAGAGGUAUAAAAGGGAAAAAAAGUUUUAGCCAGUUACCAAUUUGUAAGGUUGUAUUUGAUUCUAUUGUGAAAAUUCCAAAAUAUGAAAAUUGUCUACAAGAGGUUGAAGACAAAAUGAAAAUAUAUUUAACUCAAGCGUCUUUUAGGUUGAAGAGAUCACAUGAAAAAAAUUAGAUAUGUAUACUG